UGUGUUCAGGCACGUCCCGGGACAGCCGCUCCUGUAAGUCACAUGACUGUCAAGCCGCCUGGCAAACCGGAAAAGAGCCGCCGAGCCAACAAGGCCGCCGACGACCCGAGCCACCCGAGUCCUCCUCCGCAGCCCGCACAGACAGCAGCGCUUCGUCUUUACGAUGUGACGGCCGCCGCCGACCUCCGCCUUCCGACCGCCGAGCCCCGAACCGGCCGCCGACGUCCGCUCAGCAGCCGCUCGGUGCCGCCGGAUCCCUCCGUGACUCGGCCCCGCCAUGGCGCAGUGCGUGCAGUCCGUCCAGGAGUUCGUCCAGGACUCGUUCGUGCCGAUGGUGGCCGCGCUGUGCAGCGACGAGGCGGAGAGGCUCAUCGGCAAAAACAAGCUCGACUUCGCCGAGCUGCUCAGGCCUUUCUGCCGGCUCACUUCCGAAGGUCAGCUGCGGGACCCCAACAACCAGCUUCAGAUGGUGAAGAACCUCCGUAUCUCCGUCACCAAGUUGGUGCCGGGCGCCGCCUCGCGAUCGUCGGUCGCCGCCGGGCCGCCGGCCGCCGUCGCUCUCAGCUCCGGGCAGCGCCGCCGGCUGGACCACGUGGUGCUGUCGUGUCAGCCGCAGGAAGGCGCCGUCUCCGCCGCUGUCGCCGUGGGAGACUACGACCUCACCGUCAAUGAUGAAGCUCUUAAAUCUAGCGCCCCCUGGUUCAGUUCGUGGAGAGACACGCUGACAGAGGUGUGCACCUCCAAGCUCUUCUCAGCAACCACGCCCUGGUUCGAGGCUUACAGGGAAAGCUUCCUCCAGUCCAUGCCGGCCUCCGACCACGAGUUCCUCAACCACUACCUGGCCUGCCUGCUCGUGGUGUCGUCGGCCGAGGCGGUCCCGGUGGAACAGUUCGUCAAGCUGUCGCAGGAACAGCACCGCGUCCAGCACAGCGGAGACUACGCCACGCCCAAGUGGUUCAUCCCCAACACGCUCAAGUACUAUGUCCUGCUGCACGACGUCAGCCAAGGCGAAGAGCAACGGGCCGAGGCGGCGUACGAGGACAUGAAGCAGAGGUACGGGCCUCAGGGCUGCCAUCUGCUGAAGAUCAAUUCCCGCACGGUCCCUGCCGAGCAGAACGAGGAGAUUCCGGACCCGUGGACUCAGUACCUGCACAGGAACCACCCGCACGUAAGCCAGGCUCAAGACGACGACGAGGAUCCUGUCGUGAGCGCUUCCGCUGAAGAAAACUGCGUCAGUCCAGCAGAGGAUCGUCAUCCAGCAGACUCUGGCGGGGAAGCCGACCGUCUAGACGUCAACAAGGACCCCGCGAAAGCCAAGAAGAGCGCGGCGGAGGCGGAGACCCCGACGGGGGUCCGGGGGGCCUGUCUGACCCUCACCGACCGCGACCGCAUCCGCCAAUUCGUUCAGGAGUUCGCGUUCAGAGGUCUGCUGCCUCACAUCGAGAAGAACAUCAGGCAGCUCAACGAUCAGCUGGUGUCCAGAAAAGGUUUGAGCCGUUCUCUGUUCACGGCCACCAAGAAGUGGUUCGGCGGCGGAAAAGCACCCGAAAAGAGCCCAAGUGAGCCCAAGAGCACCGGCGGCCUCCUCUACUCCCCGGAAGCCCCGGAGCUGCAGAUCAGGAAGAUGGCCGACUUGUGCUUCCUGGUGCAGCACUACGAGCUGGCCUACAGCUGCUACCACACGGCCAAGAAGGACUUCCUGUCGGACCAGGCCAUGCUGUACGCCGCCGGCGCCCUGGAAAUGGCCGCAGUGUCUGCGUUCCUCCAGGCCGGAGCCGCGAGGCCGUACCCCGCCCACUACAUGGACACGGCCAUCCAGACCUACAGAGACGUCUGCAGGAACUCGGUGCUGGCCGAGCGCUGCGCCCUCCUCAGCGCCGAGAUACUGAAGAGUCAGGGGAAAUACUCUGAAGCUGCCGCACUUCUCAUCAAAAUGACCAGCGAGGACUCGGACCUGCGCAGCGCUCUGCUGUUGGAGCAGGCGGCGCACUGCUUCAUUAACAUGCGAGCUCGCAUGCUGCGCAAGUUUGCCUUCCACAUGAUCCUGGCGGGCCACCGCUUCAGCAAAGCGGGUCAGAAGAGCCACGCGCUGCGCUGCUACUGCCAGGCCAUGCAGGUGUACAAGGGCAGGUCGUGGUCCCUGGCCGAGGACCACAUCAACUUCACCAUCGGCCGGCAGUCCUUCACGCUGGGCCAGCCCGAGAAGGCCGUGCAGGCCUUCAAGCAGAUCCUGACCAACGACAGUCGGCAGACGGCUACCCAGCAGGGCGCCUUCCUCAGGGAGUACCUCUACGUUUACAAGACGGUGAUCAGCCGGAGUGGAUUGAGUCUGCCUCACCUGCCGCUGCCGUUUAUCCAAAGCGCCGCCACGAGGGUCUACUUCGGACACGAGCGCCGCCUGGCCGAGGGUGAGAAGCAGGCCGCCACCCACGUGUCGCUGGACCAAGAGUACGAGGCGGAGCAGGCGUCCAUGUGGCGCGAGCUGGAGGAGCAGCUGGUGGCCGCCGCCAACCGAGGGGGGGCGCCCGCUAACUUCCAGCCCAGCCAGUGCUACCUCAACAGCCAGACGGACAACUUGCGCCACCCGCUGGCUGUCGUGGAAGAACCCGUGCUGGUGGAGGUGAUGUUCAGGAACCCUCUAAAGGUUCCUCUGGCUCUCUCCCGCCUCUCGCUGCUCUGGAAGUUCGCACGCGACGGCCACGACGCCGAGGACCUCGUCGACAAGCGCGACGCUUUGGAGCGCGAGACGACGCAGAGCGACGAGGUGGUCACCACCGAGACCAUCCUGGACUUCCACUUGGCUCCCGAGGAAACGAAAAUGGCUCGGCUCAGGCUGCUGCCGCACAGAACGGGCUGUCUGAGUAUCACGGGCGUGGUCUACAAGCUGGCCGCCGCAUCCUCGCCAGAGACGCCGGACGACGACGGGCUGCAGAAGGCGGAGACCGUGGUCGUCGACGGUAAACAGGACUUGAAGAUCCGAGGACCGCGACUCAAUCACACCAAAGAGGACAAAAUGUUUGUGCGCUACGGACCCGACCGGCGCCUGGAGCCCAUCAUCACGCCGCCGAUGCCCCUCAUGGAGGUGUUUUUCCUCCAGUUCCCCACAGCGCUGCUGUGUGGCGAGAUCCGGAAGGCGUACGUGGAGUUCUGCAACGUGAGCGGCGUGUCCCUGUGCGGCCUGCGCGUGGCGUCCACUCACCCGGACUUCUUCACGUUCGGCAGCCCGUCGGCCAGCACGCCGCUCACGCCGCUCAGCCCCGCCUCGGCCGAGAACUGCUCGGCCUACAAAACGCUGGCCGCGGCGCCCGGGUCCGGAGCCGCCUGCGAGACGCCGGUGUCGGCGGCCGACUUUGGGCCCGCGUCCAACGUGGUGGACAUCCCCGUCGGCGGCAUGCUGCUGCCGGGACAGUCCACGCAGCUUCCCCUGUGGCUGCGAGGACCUGACCAGGAAGGAGUCCAUGAGAUCAACUUCCUCUUCUACUAUGAGAGCCCCGAGAAAGGAACCAAGAUCAGCCACCGGGUUGUUCGUCACUCCGUUUUCAUCUGCGCCAGUCGCUCUCUCAGCAUUCAGGCGUCGGCCCGGUUCAGCGCCGUACCCCCUCAGCGAGGACCCGACCAGGACGGCGGCACGCUGGUCUUCGUGGACGUGGAGAACAUCAACACGAGUGAGGCUGGCGUGCGCGAAUUCCACGUUGUCCAAGUGUCCAGCAGCAGUCGGCACUGGAGCCUCAACAAGUGCAUCAAUCCAGCCAAGGAGAAAGACUGUAAAGUGAGCAGCAGAGAACGAGCCAAGCUUUGUUUCAGAGCCAGGCCGUGCAGACCUCCGCAAGCGACCUCAGACAGCGCCGAAACUUUCACCUUCGCGGACGUCAACCUGGGCAAUGAGCGGAUCGUCAGUUCGGCCACGCCGUGCGGCGACUUCUUCUUCCGAUGCCGCCGCGCGUCCGAGCGCCGGCGAGGCGAGGCGGGCCCGUCGGGGUCGAGGACGCCGUCCUCCUCCAGGAACCCGAGCGGGGACGCGAGCAAAGACCCGCUCCACGUGGUCGACGGCUGCGACCGGCUGGACCUCAACAUCAUCGUCAUCUGGAAGGCGUACGUGGUGGAGGACAACAAGCAGCUGAUCCUGGAGGGCCAACUUCACGUGGCGCUGCAGGCCGUCGGCGAGGAAGCGACUUCCCCGGCCCCCAAACAGGAAGCUCAAGAGAUGGGCCUGCUCAAGUUCAAGUCGGAUCCGCCUCCUCCCGCCGCGCCGCCGUCCGCGCAACUGGCGCAACUCGUCAAGAGCAACCUGCGCUACUCGGAGACGCACGCGCACGACUUCAAGCGCGACAGCAUUUGUGUGGUUCCAGUUUGUUUGGUUUUGUCCAACUGCUGCUGGACUGACGUGGACGUCACCGUAGACCUCAGAUACAAAAGCGGCAGUUCCGAGUCUGGCGAAGGCGCUCGUGGCUUCGCUUGGGUCGGCCAGAGUCACUACAAGCUCGCCCUUUGCCCUCGCGAGACGCGUCGACUUGAGCUGCGAGCCUGCUUCCUCGCGCCCGGCGUCUACAACAUUAAUACGCACGCCGUAAGCGCCGCCCCCGCCCGACGUAAACGAGAUGAAGACGCGGCCCGGGCGGAAGUCGCUCAGCGCGGCGCCGGGCCGGCCCUCGUCGUCAUCACUGACGGCAACCAAUGAGACGACAGCAGAAAGGAAGAAGAACCGCGCGGAACAAGAAGGAAGUCGCGGCUGCUUGUCGAACGACGACGACAAGCCAAAAUGCGAACGGUGUGCCCGUGUGUGUGUGUGUGUGUAAGUGAGGCGCCUUUUCGAUGGCGGCGUUCCUGUCUGGCUCUGCCAAGUUGUAAAGUGAAAAAAAAAAACACUCUGGCGCGAGAAAACAAAACCUGCGCCACGUCUUAAGUGUGCGACGCGCCCAAACGGGGCCCCGACCUUCGACCGCCGCUCGUGUCCGAGCGGCCCAAACUCACAAAGAAGGCGGUGCUGACGGAGCACGCGAUCAGAGUUUUGUUUUUAAAGUUCCCAAAACGACAAUGGCGGUGUGACGCCGCCUCCCGUGUUUAUGGUGUACUAUAUUUAUAACAUAUCAUGUACAUAGGAAAUAAACAACUAAUUCUC